UCUAGGUUUAGUCUUCUGCGACGUCGUUUCCCUACGAACACAUACCCAGAACGAGUACAUUAGACAAGGAGUUUCAGUACUCACACCCGCUAUCUCAACUCAGGAGAGCAAAAUAAACCCUAGAAAAAUGUCGGGCGGAUUUUUCCGGGGCACGUCCGCUGAUCAGGACACUCGAUUCUCGAACAAGCAAGCGAAGCUACUGAAGUCUCAGAAAUUCGCCCCUGAAUUGGAAAACCUGGUGGAUAUGACCAAAGUCAAGAUGGAUGUUAUGAGACCAUGGAUUGCAAAGCGUGUAACUGAGCUAAUUGGGUUUGAAGAUGAAGUGCUCAUCAAUUUUAUUUAUAGUCUUUUGGAGGGAAAGGAAGUUAAUGGAAAGCAGGUUCAUAUUUCACUUACCGGGUUUAUGGAGAGAAAUACUGGGAAGUUUAUGAAAGAGCUCUGGGCGCUACUUCUCAGUGCACAGCAAAACGUGAGUGGUGUCCCCCAACAGUUUCUGGAUGCAAAAGAAGAGGAAACUAAGAAGAAGAAGGCAGAGACAGAUCGUAUAGCUAAUGAAAUCCACAGGAAGAAAGAGAAGGAGAAGCAAGAAAUUGAGCAAGAGAAAAUAAAGAUGGAUGGUGAUGGAGCAAUGUCGAGGGAUAAGGAUGAUGAGUUGGAUCUUCAUGUGAAGAAUGAUGCUGGGGGGUCCGGCAUCAAUCCAGCAGAUGAUAAAGAACGGUACAAGAGAAAUGGCCGGAGAAGACGCAGCAGGGGUUCACAAUCUCCAGAUUCAGCUUACCGUUCCCCAUCCCUGCGAAAGAAGCGAUCGAUAUCUCCUAGCAAGACCAAUUCUGGAAGUUAUUCAGAUGAAAGGCGGAGGUCAAGCAGCAUCUCCAGAACACCGUCAAGAAGUCGCUCCAUUUCUUUGGAAAGACGGCGUCGCUCUUCUCCAAGGCGGUCUGUCACGCCUCGUCGGAGACAUGUUACUCGGCGUUCUCCUUCACCAUGGCGUAGAUCAUUGCAUUCCAAAAGAAGAUCAACAUCUCAUGCUCGCUCCAGAUCUCCUUCCCCUGUACGUUAUAGGGUCCGUUCUCCGCGGCACCACAGAUCUCGAUCUCCCUUGCGACGUAGAUCACGAUCCCCUGUGCGCCGUAGGUCAAGGACACCAAUAAGAAGAUCACCAGUGGGGUAUAGGUCCCGGACGCCUUUACGACGCAGAUCGCCAUCUCCUGUACGGAGGAGAUCCCUGUCUCCUAUGCAAGGCAGAUCACCAUCUCCUAUGAGAAGAAGAUCUCCUUUUGUACGUCGCAGGUCACCAUCUCCACUGCGGCGCCGUUCGCCAUCUCCACUUCGUCGGUCACCAUCUCCUGCAAGAAGGCGGUACCGUCGUUCUCCUUCAACUCCUCAGCAGCAAUCUAUAUCUCCAGUUCGACGUAGGUCCUCUAUGCAUGGCCGAAAAGGAUCUUUUACCCCUGUCCGUCGAAGAUCUCCUUCUCCUCAAGAAUCAAGUUCCCCCUCCCAUAUCCGUCGCAGUUCCCUUUCACCAGUAAGGAGAGGAUCUCCAAGAAGCGCGAGAUCACCUGUACAAUCUUCUGGAGAAAGAGCCAGAAGACAUGAGAAAUAUUCUCCUGCUCGUCGUGCUUCUCCCAGUGACGACUCUGAAUCCCCAUCCGGGAACCGUAAGGAAACAAGAUUGGUGGAAGGGAGGCCCAUUGUUUCUCUGAGGUCUCCACAGAGGGAUAUGCUGGACCAAAAUGAUUUACGUAGAAAAGAGCGAGACUUCUCACCUUCUACACAGAGGUCCCCAUUUGUAUCUGAUGCUUCUAGGGGCAGAAGUUAUGGUGAAGAACGAAGGUCAACUAGUCCUCGAGGUAGUUCUUACCAAAAGAGGGAAAGAAUUGUUCCUGAGAGCCCAAACCCUUUGCGGAAAGCUGCAGGGCAUAAACCUCAUCAUGAUAGUUCUGGGACAUGUGCAGAUGACGAGAAUAAAUUCUCUAGCAGGGAGACUGGAGACUACAAAUAUAGAUCCUCACGAAAAAUUUCUCCAGUGCCUGUGCGUCAUAGGGAUUCAACUGAGUCUGCUGGAAUCCAUGGUCUUGUUGAUGGCACAAAGUCAAGGAAGACCCAACAUCAGGACAGUAACAGGCUACCUGACAGGGUGGAUGGCAAAGAACGUCAUGAACGGCAACACUUGUCAACAACUUCUAGAACCACUGGUUUGAGUGUUAAAGGAAGUGAAUCAUAUGGUGAUGAUGGUACUGGAGCGAAGGAUAAGAAAAUAGUUCGGGUAGAUGAAAGCAAAGGUUCGCCUAAGUUGUCAAGGAAGUCUGAGCAGAAUGAUCGCAAUGGUUCACUGGAUUCUCCUUCCAAGGAAACAGAUGAGCACACGGUUAAAGUCAAAGAAAAGAGGAAGCACAAGAAGUCAGAUAGGCAAGAGGUAGAAUCAGAUGAUUAUUCUAGUUAUGAUUCUUAUGAGGAGAGGAAGGAGGCCAAAAGACGGAGAAAAGAAGAAAAGAAAUUGAAAAAGGAGGAGCGGCGUCGAAGGCGGGAGGAGAGACGCCGUAGAAGGGAUGAAAGGCGUGCAGAGAAGCUAAAACUGAGAUCGGGUGAUGCUGGUAGUUCAUCAUCAGAUCCUGGGCGAGAUCAUUCUGAAGAUGAAAGUGUUAGAGGGCGGGACUCACGAGCAAGCAACACUCGGGAGACAGAGUCUGAGCAGAAGAAGCUUGAGAUUGAACUUCGUGAGAAGGCUCUUGAGUCACUUCGAGCCAAAAAGGGCUUUGGCAAUUGAACUUUUUGAUGCUCUCGAAUAUUUAGAUGUUAUUGGUUAUUAUGUUCUUGUUUUCAGUUAUUUGCUUGUUACUAGACCUUAUAUAUUUUCGGAUGAAUGUACUCUUGUAUCUGUUUAAUGUGAUCUGUCUUUACUGGUGGCAGCUGAAAUGGAUAAAUGAGGAUUUCCUGAGCUAGUAUCUUGAGUGAAACUUUAUGCUGACUUUCUGCUAAUUUUCUGAUAUGAAUAUUACCACAUAGAUGACUUGGUUGAGCAGACCCUUUGCAGCUACUUAGUUUGGACUAGUCAAACAGCUUGUUAAUUCUCCCAGGUAAUUGCGCACCAAGGUGAUGUAAAUGCCGGCCUGGUAACAUUUGAAUUCUAAAUUCUUGGUCAAGUAGUCUGUAACUUCUCUGAGUUGAGUUUUGUCAAUUAAUAUUCAUUUUCUGAUGUUUCUUCUAAAUAGUUUUUGUACAGUGCAACUGGCACUAGGUUGUUUGAGGGCUGCUGUUUAUGUUGCUUGUGACUCUUGAGGUACUUGGAGUCACAUCACUUUUUUGUCUCUUCAAAUUAGUUUUGUGGUUGACCA